UUCACCAUCAUCAUCAUCAACCAAGCACUUCUACUAUAUUCAACAUGACCGGUCAUGACUCCGGUCCACCGAAAGAGAUUGAAGAUUCCGUUUCUGAAAUCACAGCACCAACGGCUAUGCGUAAAUUGGUACUGAAUUAUUUGAUUCAUCAUUGUUACGUUGAUACAGCACAAGCAUUUGCAGAUGAUGGUAUCUCAUCUUCAACUCAAAUAGCCAAUGGAGAUGAAGCUGGACCUUCAAAAAGUAGGGUGCAGUCAUCAAACGGAAAGAGUGGCCACUCACGAUCAUCUUCUCGUCAAAACGGCAAUUCAUCUGCUCAUCCUCUAUCCGCACCUCCAUUAUCACAUGAUGAUUCAUCAAUGGAAGUAGAGGUUGACGGGCUUUUAUCUUUGGCAGGAGAUACUAGCACAGAAAAGGCUCCAAGCGAACUGUUGAAGGAAGGCACAAACGGAAACGAGGAGCUGUCAGCUGAAGAUAUUCGUAGCAUCAAAGCACGAAAGGCGAUCAAAGAUUGCAUCGUUAAUGGUCGUGUCAAACAAGCAGUAGAGCUUUGCAAUAAGUACUUUCCAACAGUUUUGAAUGGAUCUGCACAGGAUCCGAGUAUAAUUGGCAAAUCAACACAAGAGAAAGAAAGCAACGGAAAGAAGAAUAGCUCAGAUGUGGAGAGGAUCUUACCUGCAAAUCCCACAUCAUUGGAUCCAGCACAUUUGUCACUCAAUCUUCAGAUUCAAUCAUUCAUCGAAUGCGUUCGAGCUGCAUCAGUGAACUCUACCACGUCAUUGACCCAAACUAUACCCACGAUCAACUCCCAUCAAGGCACUUCUGCUAUGCCAAAUAUGCAUUCAGUCGUAUCGAAUACACCUGGAAUCGCAGCUGCUGCCAUCUCUCGUUCAGCUUCGCCAGCACCUUCUUCGGUUUCAUCGGCAGGUUCGAUCACAUCAGGAAAUGGAAUGAGUGCAAGUAUGAACAGUAAUGGAGGCUCUUCAGCUGCAAAUGAUCCUAAUCUGAUGGGGGCUUUGCAAGGCGCACAAGUUUUAUGGGCAGAUGUGCAAAAGUUACCGGCAUAUUGGCGUGCGAUGUAUUUGAAAGAAUUGGAAAGUGUUACGAGCAUGUUGGCUUAUAGAGAUUUACUCAAAAGUCCAGUUGCGAAAUAUUUGGAUCAAAGUAGACGGGUUGCACUUGCAGAACAAAUUAAUAGUGCAAUCAUGCUGCGAACAGGAAAACCUUCGCAACCUUUGAUCGAAUCGGCCGUUCGACAAACAACGUUUUGUUGGCAAACGUUGGCGAACGAGAAAGUGAUCUUACCGGCUAAUCAUUGGAUUUUCUCAAGUGGCUCUGUUGUUGGAUCGGAUGGAUUCGAGGGAGGCGUUUCAACGGCCGUCUCUACAGGCGUGAAUCCCUCCAACAUUGAACGAGCAAAAAAGGCUGGAAAGACACUACCACCUUGGGAUCUUCACGGAUUUUUACAGGAGCGUUAAUUGGUAGGAUGUAAUACAACAAUUCAGGAUCGUCACUCAUAUGU